CGCCGGAGCAACGUAACUCGACUGUCUUGGAUCCGUCCGAUUGGUGAUUAAAAGCCGCCCGCAUAAACAUGGCCCGAUCCAGAUUCAGAUCUUACCUGUUCCAUGCUUCUGACCCCGUUGAGCAAUCCCCGCCGCGCGGGGCGCCUUAAAUCUGCCUGCUCGAUGGCGUCGUCAAGUCUGCCGUGUUUCUCUCUCUGCGCGUUCCCCUCCAGCUGCCCCCCAGUGCAUGUAGGACAAGAUGGUGUACGGCUUCGACACCAAUCUGGUCACCGUCACCAGCCAGAACCUCCACACGAGCCUGGGGUCUCUCAUCAUCGGAGGUCUGGUGGCUACUGCACUCUCCGGUAUUGUGUCUAUGCAGACUGUACUAUAUGCCCGUCUGUUCGAGAAUGACUCCGGCAUUCUAAAGUCUGUGGUCGCGCUUGUGUUCUUCUUGGAUAUUCUACAUACAUGCAUGGUGUGGGUGGCCGAUUGGGAGUACUUCGUUGCCAGUUUCGGCAAUACAGAGAUCACGGACCAUGUAUUUUGGAGUGCUGGGCUCACGAUAGCUCUCACAGCUAUCACGACCGUCACCGUACACUUUUUCUUUUCCUAUCGGUUGUACCGGCUGAGCAAGGGCAACUGGUUCGUCGUUGCACCUAUGGUCAUCCUUGCAUUAGCGCGAGUCGUGUCUGCCAUCGCCACCUCUGCGGAACUCAUCCGCCUUGGGAGCUUCUAUGAAUUUUAUGUACACUACCGGUGGCUGUUCACGCUCGGCCUGGUCCUCUCAACGGCGCUGGACAUUAUGAUUACGGGUAGCCUGUGUCUAUAUCUCAGAAAAAGCCGGCACGGCGGCAGCGGACGGCUUGAUCAUAUCCUCAACUCCGUGACGCUGUACACCGUCGAGAACGGCAUGAUUACAUGUGUUGCUACGGUCUUGUCGUUAAUUCUCUGGCUGGCGAAGCCGCAUGCUCUCAUUUAUCUUGGACUUCACUUCGCUAUCAGCAAGCUCUACGCGAACUCGUUCCUGGCAUCUAUGAACGCUCGCAAGAUGCUGAGAGUACAGAACACACAAAGCUCGGGAUCAGGCCAUCGUUUGCCCGUCAUCUUCGCGCACCACUUCACCUCACGGGGUGACCGGCGUUCAUCGCCCGACGCUGUCGACCUCACUGGAACCAAACUGCAGAUAACUGUAGACAAGACGGUGGACUACGUCACGGACGACGUGCCCGUGUCGAGGCACGACCCGGACGAAGGCAAGGUGGAAAUGGAUAUGGGUAAAGCCGUAUGACCUCGACACCGUGGUGCACGCACCGCGUCCCUCUAUCGAUAGGUGUAUCCACGGCUAAAGGUACCUAUGCCCGACUCGGGGACUCGUAUUGUAACUGAGUACAAUACCGCCCGACGGAGUGUUGUUGUAACCACCACCGUUUCUCCCGUCUGCU